GGCGCCUUUUCCCUUCAAACUCAAAACAGUAGAAGAGGAAAACGAAUGAAUGCGCUACCAGCCGAUGUUUCUAAAAAAAAAGAUUGGUAACGUUUUUAAAGCAUGGAGUCAAUUACAAGUGAAGACUUGCAUUUAGACCAACAAGAAGAACAGAAACCUGUGAAGACAGAGUUUUUUUGGAGAUUACAGUGAGAAGAUGAGCGAUCCAGAACCCCUCAGAGUGAAGGAUGAAGAUACUGAAGAACGAAGAGACCUGAUGGAAGAGAAUGAGGAAAGUGAAGAACAGAACUGCUCACAGAAGGAAAGACAAUUUAAAUGGAGAAGAAGAGCCAACAAGUUAACUUGCCUUCAAUGUGGAAAAUCAUUCCCAUACAAAAAAAGUCUUGAAGAUCACAUGAGAAUCCACACAGGAGAGAAGCCAUUUACAUGUGAUCAAUGUGAGAAAAGUUUCAGACUAAAAAGAAACCUUAAUAUACACAUGAAAAUCCACACUGGAGAGAAGCUACACACAUGUGAUCAGUGUGGAAAGAGAUUCACACAAAAAGCAACCCUUAAGAAACACAUGAACAUCCACUCUAAAGAGAAGCCACACACAUGUGAUCAGUGUGGGAAGAGUUUCACACGGAAAGAAACCCUUACGGAUCACAUGAGAAUCCACACUGGAGAGCCGCUGCCCACAUGCGGUCACUGUGGGAAGAGUUUUGUACAGGCAGUCAGUCUUAAUUCACAUCUGCGUUCUCAUUCUGAAGAUCAUCAAAGAUCAUUUACCUGUGAUCAGUGUGGGAAAAACUUUCGUUGGGCACAAUCCCUGAAGAAGCACCUGUCCAUUCAUACAGAGGAGAAGACUCAUGUGUGUUCUUUGUGUGGAAAGAUUUUUUCACGACUGUACACUUUUAAAAUACACCAGAAAAGACACAACAGCGUGAAGAAUCAUAAGUGCUCUGAUUGCGGGAAGUCUUUUUACACAGAUGUUCAAAUGAAGCUGCACCAGAGAAUUCACACUGGAGAAAAACCUUACAAGUGUUCACAAUGUGACAAGAGAUUUAGUCGGGUAGAAUCUCUGAAAACACAUGAGAAGAUCCACACUGGAGAGAGGCAGCACGUGUGUGGUCAGUGCGGGAAGAGUUUCACACUAAUAGGAAACCUUAAAGAACACAUGAAAAUCCACUCUGGAGAGAAGGCACACACAUGUGAUCAAUGCGGAAAGGGAUUCAAACAAAAAGGAAACCUUAACAAACACAUGAGAAUCCACACUAGAGAGCCGCUGCCCACAUGCGGUCAUUGCGGGAAGAGUUUUGCACAAGCAGUCAGGCUUAAUUCACAUCUGUGUUCUCAUUCUGGAGAUCAUCAAAGAUCAUUUACCUGUGAUCAGUGUGGGAAAAGCUUUCGUUGGGCACAAUCCCUGAAGAAGCACCUGUCCGUUCAUACAGAGGAGAAGACUCAUGUGUGUUCUUUGUGUGGAAAGAUUUUUUCACGACUGUACACUUUUAAAAUACAUCAGAAAAGACACAACAGCGUGAAGAAUCAUAAGUGCUCUGAUUGCGGAAAGUCCUUUUACACAGAUGCUGAAAUGAAGCUGCACCAGAGAAUUCACACUGGAGAAAAACCUUACAAGUGUUCACAAUGUGAUAAGAGAUUUAGUCGGGUAGAAUCUCUGAAAGCACAUGAGAAGAUCCACACUGGAGAGAAGCCGCACACAUGUGAUCAGUGCGGGAAGAGUUUCACAUUUAAAGGAAACCUUAAGUUACACAUGAAAAGCCACUCUGGACAGAAGCCACACGUGUGUGAUCAGUGCGGGAAGAGUUUCACACUCAAAGGAAACCUUAAAGAACACAUGAAAAUCCACACUGGACAGAAGCCACACGUGUGCUCUUCUUGUGGAAAAUGUUUUACAUGGUUGCAUGGUUUGAAAGUACACCAGAAGACACAUACCAGUGUGAAAGCAGUGUGAAAAAGACAUUUGCUAUAUAAUCUCUCCAGAGAAUUCACACUGGAGAAUAGACUUUUAAGUGCGGACACAGUGAUAAGAGAUGAAGUUUGUCAGGACACGUAAAACCACAUUAGAUGAUCCACAUAAGCUGAAUCUGUAGGUGUAGUGUCAUUAAAAGUAUAGUUCUUGUUCAGAUCCAGUUUCAAGUGCAACUUUGCAUCAAGACCAGCAGUUCUGAGUGUUAAGGUUAAAAUUAACUUGAAGAUUGAGUUCUUCCAAAAAGACGAACAUUUAAGAAGUGUGUCACUCUUAGUUCAUUUACUGUUUUUUACAAAACAAAGUAGUCGUUUUUUACAUGUACAGAAUAGUCUUGAGUUUACAUUUACUAGGUAUGUGCUGAAUGAGGCUUUUGAAACAGUGAGAAUUUUACAAAAAACUGCGUUGAUGCUUCAAAGCUUUUGGUACAGUUCUGUACUCCGCCAUCUGGUGGUCAAUAAAAAUUCAUACACAAAAUGUGUCAUUGA